CAAUGACACUCCGGUAAGCAUACCCGCCGAGAAGCUGAUGGUGUAGACAACGAGUCAGUUGUUCUGGAAGCCAAGCCCAGUCCCCUUCUACCCCAGAGCCUCAGCCAACGCCUUUCUCUCCCCGGAUUAGACCCAUCCAGAUAAGCGUCAAGGAUCCUCACGGCCAAGGCCUCCCGAGGCCACCAUGUGGAAAAGGACAUCCUUCAAAUGCAGAUCACUCCCACGGACAUCCGUGCCUGGCGUGUGUGUACUCCUGCACCUUGCGUUGCUUUUCUUAACUUAACUAAAACAAAAGUUCGUCCAGAGUUCUUUAGUUUUGACAAGCCUGCGGGAGCGCAGGAUCAUAGCCCGUCAUGAGCCUCAAGUCGGAUAUCAUCAGUGCCAUGGUCAUCACGUGGGUGUCGGCCUUGCUGGCGCUGAUUGCACGUAUCUUUGCGAGGCGCAUGACAAAGGUUCCCUGGUGGUAUGAUGACUACUUGUGUGUCGGUGCCUUUGUUGUUGGUAUUGGAUACAAUGUUGUGAUGAUAUACUGGGCCUUGACAUGGUACCUUGGCACAACUAUCCCCGACUCCGUCAGCGAUGAACGAUACGAAGAGAUCAACCUCAACGCACGACUGAUGCAGUUCCUCAUCUCCCUCACCUACUCAUACUCGAUCGGCCUCUCGAAACUCUCUAUCCUUCUCUUCUACUGGCGCAUCUUCAAACAGUCGGCUAUCCGAAUCCCAAUCCAGGUUAUGCUCGGUAUCAGCGGCGCUUGGCUCAUCCUUCGUACAUUCAUGGUCAUCUUCCACUGCAUACCAGUUCAAGCCUAUUGGGACAAGUCGAUUGAGAACGCUGUCUGCAAGAUCAACGACUCUCAAUUCUUCUUCGCGACAUGCCUUACUCACUUUAUUCUUGAUGUUGUCAUCUUGGCGCUGCCAGUGAUUGAAGUGUUUAAGUUGCGUCUUCGUCUGGGACAAAAGAUUGCCAUCACUGCCCUGUUUGCCCUUGGUUUCAUUGUUUGUCUUGCAUCCGUCUUUGUCAUCGUCACAGCCCUCCAAUAUGAUCCCGCAUCAAGACAAAUGCCCCGCGACGUCGCCACAAAUGACAUGUGGGGAGGUGUCGAGAUUAAUGUCGCCAUCGUCUCAGGGUGCUUCCCUCUUCUCCGUCCAAUCUUUACCAAGAUCCUUCCCAAGAGAUUCCUCAGCUCUGCUGGAAGCAGCCACCCCAUCAGCCGCACCACCCACGGUAUUCGUCUUACUACUAUCAACCGUACCAACAAGGACAAAGAAGAAGAUGAAACAAGCUCAACUCAUCAACUUGCCGAUCCUGAGCAAGGGAUCCCUGGUGACUUUGAGAUUAUCGAUGGCAAGGAGGGACCUCGGACUUUCAUCUCAAGUCGAACUACUGAGUCGCUCCAUUCGCGGGAGCAGGAUAUGGCGGGGAUCUAUGUGCGGAAUGACGUCGUUCAGGAGGUUGAGGAGUCGAAUCAUACAUACGCGAUGAAGAGAUGAGAAUCAUCUCUUGCUAAUACUUUCUCUUGAAAUUAAUAUACCCAUAUACGUGUACACUUAGAUUUACAGAAACGUCAUUUCAUAUGCAACUCUGAUC